CCGGCGGCAAGUGAGGCAAGCUCAGCAUCAGGCUGGCGACAUGGCCAUGUCUGUGGACUACCGGGAACCCUACACGGCCACACUGAAUGGCGACUUGCGGCCUUGGUACGCGCCGCUAAUGGGUGGCAUGCCGCUGAGGCCCGGCGAGGCCUUACCGUUGCAGUUUGUUGAGGCCGUCGCGGCGCCCUGGCGGUCGGAGCAGGAGCUCAGGGGCGUCAAGGAGAAGGCGAGACAACUCAAGCACUACGACAUGGCAGCCGCAGCAGCACGACAACUGCAGCAGAAGAAGCACGAGUUGGGUCAGAACGCUAUCCGGACACUGCGGCAGAACCAGGCGUGGCAGGCGCUGCACCAGGAGGAUGCGGUGCUGGAUACCAUCCUGGCGGUGGACUAUACCUGGGCCGCCCAGCUGGAUCUGCUGAACCGGGAGGCACAGGCGGCCAUUGCGGAACUUCAGGAGCGGCACGAGGACCAGCUGUUCAAGAAGCGGCUGGAGCAGGUGCAUGCCGCCUGGGAUCGGGGCGUGCGGCCGGAGCGGCGCAGCAAGGAGCUGCUCAACCUGCGGCGCAGUGAGGUGGUGCUGGUCAAGCAGGAGGACUACGACAAGGCCUUCAAGGUGCACGCGCGCGCCGCCAGGCUGGCAUAUGAGGAGGCGUGUAACGCGCACAUGUACUGGCUUCUGAGGUGCCACGGCCAGCAGGGCAAAAUGCUGGCGCAGCAGCAGCGCGAACUGGAAGCGUUGCGGCGGCGAUUGGAGAUGCGGCUGCGAGAGGCGGAGCUGGCGCGGGAGCGAGACAUGUUGCAGCUGGAGCGUAAGAUUAAGGUUUCCAGCACUAAGCAGGCGGAGGUGCGCAAGGUGGAGCGCCGCACCGCGGAGCAGAUGCUGUCAGGCCGCGGCAUCAUCAACACUACCACCACACGUACCGGCCGCAGUAUAAAGGACGCCUUUCCCACCAUGGCCAUCGCCACCAGCGCCAGUGCGGCGGUGGCGGCGCAAGCGGGCGCUGUCUUCCACGACCCAAAGAGCACCCUGGAUCAGGCGCCCUGGCACAAGGCGCCGUCCGACUACACGCCCUCCUACAACCCCAGCUCCUCGCUCUACCUGGGGCCCAGCUCCGUCUCGGGCCUGAAGGGGCUGGGGGGCAAGUCGGCGGCGGGCUCCGGGUCGGCAGCGGAAGCGGGAGCGGGAAAGCCACGCGCAGGCAGGGGCAACGUCAGCGGCGGCGGGCGUAUGGGUGCAGCAGGCAAUGUGGCGUCGCCAGCAACGGCGGUGCGUUUCGCGCCCACGCAAUCGUCGCCUGGCGCUGCGCCAGCGCCCCGUGAAGCAUGGGGCGCAGCCUCCUCGCCGCCGGCGUCACCCCCACCACCGCCGCCAUUUCCAGAGGACGUGUCCAUGCCUAGCCGCAGCAGCAGCGCCCACUCCGGCCGGGCACAAGCAGGCGCGGCCGGAAGCGGCCACUUUGGUGGCUUUGGCUCUGCCAGCUUUGGCGGCGGCGGCGGCGGUGACGGCGGCGCUGCAUGGAUGGACCAUGCCGAGCCGGCGGCGGCGGCGCCACAGGCGGCCGUGACGUUCAGCGCUUGGAACCAGGGAGAGGGUGCAACCAUCAUGGGCAGCGCGCACAGGGGGCAACAGCAGUUUGGCCAGCCGGCGUCGUCGGCGGCUGUGGCGUCAGGCACAACCGGUGCGACGGGCAGCGGCGGCUCGGGGCUGACGGAGAAGAACCUGCGGGAGAUCAACCGGGCAGCCAAGGUGGCGGCACAGCUGCGGGCCGAUGCGCGGGCGGCGGAGGCCAUCGCCUAUGGCAGCAGCUCGCGCAACUCACCGCGGCAUUCGUCGUCGUUCCGGAGCGACCUGCCUUACGCGGCGGGGCUGUCGGCGCGCAUGGCGAACCAGCCGCUGGGCCCGGCGGCUGCCAGCUGGUACUGAGGACUGGGGAACAUGGCGCAUGCGCGGAAAUGAGAAUUGGUACAGCGUACAGCGUACAGACGAUACAGUGGGGCCGUGGGGCUGCAAUGCUGCAUUCUUUGGACUGAAAGCAUCUUUGCAGCAGGGAACGCGCUGUGUGUGAUACGGCCUGCACGAUAUGGUGUCCUAGCUUGGCAGGGGCAGCCCCCCCCCCUGGAUGGGCUGUUUUUUUCC